CGGGGAGCGGGCGGAGCGCGCCGCCGGGGAGAGGGGCUGCCGCGGCCGCCGGAGCCCACGUACAUGCGAGUGCCCUCUCCGCUCACCAGCAUGCUUUACUUCCAGAUGGUGAUCAUGGCAGGGACCGUGAUGCUGGCUUAUUACUUCGARUACACGGACACCUUCACCGUCAACGUGCAAGGCUUCUUCUGCUACGAGGGCGCGUACCGAAAGCCCUACCCGGGCCCGGAGGACCGCAGCGCCGUGCCGCCGGUGCUCCUCUACUCGCUGACCGCAGGCGUGCCAGUGCUGGUGAUUAUCGUUGGAGAAACUGCAGUCUUUUGUCUACAGUUAGCUACAAAGGAUUUUGAAAACCAAGAAAAAACAAUUUUAACUGGAGACUGUUGUUAUAUAAAUCCACUGGUGCGCAGGACCAUCAGAUUCCUUGGAAUUUACGCGUUUGGACUGUUUGCUACGGACAUCUUUGUAAAUGCUGGACAAGUUGUAACAGGGAAUCUUGCACCCCAUUUUCUUGCACUUUGUAAACCCAACUAUACAGCACUUGGAUGUAAACAGUAUACACAAUUCAUCAGUAGCGUACAUGCCUGUACUGGAAAUCCAGACCUUAUCAUGAAAGCCAGAAAGACUUUCCCAUCCAAAGAAGCAGCACUAAGCAUAUAUGCAGCUAUGUAUCUGGCUAUGUAUAUCACCAACACAGUGAAAGCCAGAGGAACAAGGCUUGCAAARCCUGUUCUGUGUUUGGGCUUAAUGUGCUUGGCCUUCCUUACUGGAAUCAACAGAGUAGCAGAGUAUCGAAAUCACUGGUCAGAUGUAAUAGCAGGAUUUGUAAUCGGAGUAUCUAUAGCAGUAUUUUUGGUUGUUUGUGUGGUAAAUAACUUCAGAGGACGUCAGCCGGAACAUGAACAUUCUCAUCUGGAUAAUCUGGCCCAGAUGCCCAUGAUCAGCAUACCCAGAGUAGAAAGCCCUUUAGAAAAGAACCACAUCACGGCCUUUGCAGAAGUCACAUGAUGUUGAUGCUGAUGUGUAUUCACUCCAUUGGACUUCAUCUCUUUUCACARCCCACACAUGAUAUUUGCAGUGUAUCAAAAAUGAGAAAUUUUUAGAAGUCCGAUUUCUGACUUGAUUUUUACAUCACUAAAAUGAUACCAACAUUUUGAAGAAUUCUUAAAUAUUAGAACGUCACUUUACUUUCUAGGGAAAAUAUUAACUGUUUACUUUUAUGAUAGAAUGGGACAAACUGAGCACUAAUUAUCUGACAUUACCCUCUGUUUUGGCUUCUCAUUGUUUUUAAUGGUUCAUGUACCUAUUCCAACAGUACUUUGUAUUUUGAUUUAACUUUGAUUUUUAAAAUCUACAUUUUUAAUUCAGCAUGAACUUGUUUCCAUUUGAGGCAAUUUCAGUGUAUAAAAACUAGACAAAUAUUAUGUUCUGUAUGAAAAUGCUGUUUGCACAUUGUAUUACGCUGUAUUCCAUGUAAGAUAUCAUUCAAACAGUAUGUUAUAUGUAAGACUGGUGCUUCUGCUUUUGAAGAGAAAAAAAAUGCCAAUUUUUACUGUAAUAAGUAUUGUAUCAUAAUUAAAAGUUUAUUUAUUUGGAUAUUUUCCUGACAUAAUUGUAGUUGAAUUGUUGUUUUGUAGUUCUUGAAUGUCUUGGAUGAUAUAUAUGUAUCUAGGUUAAAAGAAAUGAAAAUAAUAUAGAAAGUUUGAUCUUUGAUAUAUUCUUUAUUACUAAUGAUAUCCCAUGAAAGGUUAAGGGCUCCAUUCUUGGCUUAGCAUAUCUGAUGGGAAGCUGUGCUGUUCAUAAAUCAUUUAAACAAAUUAUUCAAGGAAGCCUGCAUCUUCUCAUGAUUGUGGUACUCCCUGAUACUAUUCUGGGAGAAUGGGUGCUAAGAUAAGAAAAGGGUCACUAGCUUARUGAGGAAAGUUCAUCUCAGUUUCUACUCUCCAUUUUCAUGGAAAACUCAUGGAAAAACCAAAAUGGCUCAAUUUUUUUUUCAGCCUAAGUGACCAGGACAGGCAGUGACUUUCUCUCUACAAAGCUUUUUAUCUUUGUGUGUUUCAGGCUCAUAUUCUUUAAAAAAAAAAUCCUCUGCCAGUCUGCAUGGUGUUGACGAAUUGGUUUUUCUUCAACAUCAGCCAAUGUUACCAUAUCUCUGUAGUUACUGUGAAUACACAGAAUAAGUCUCCCAUUUGAAAGACAGUCUUGCUGACUAUUCAUAGUGAAGUUGUCCUAUAAAAAUUAAACAUCAAAUGGAUCUGAAUAUUGUAAAUACUGAAGACAUUUCUCAUAUCUGCCGGAAAGCUUUCCUCUGGCAAGAGCUGAUAAAAUGCAAGCACUACAGAAACACUGAGAAUACUGUUGGUCAGCGCAGGCUGUUGAGCAUUUUAGGCCUUAAAUUUUCCAUGGUUCCAUGUAUUUCCUGUGCAUUAAUCAUUGUUAGAGUGUGUUUGAAACACAAGGAUGUAGAAUCAGGUAUAUUUUUUCUAUGAUGAAUUUUGAUGUGYUCUCACAUAGUCAUCAGGUAAUGCCUGCUUUUACUUUUUGUUUUAACCUUUGCUUUCACUAAAAUAAAACUACCUAAAGAGUGCUUGGCAAACAGGGCAAGGCCAAGUCAUCUUUGAGUGCAAUAGAGCAUAUGCUGUGAAGUCAUUGUGCUAAGCUGAGAAUUAAGAGAUUGAAGAAAUAUGUCUGURGGGAGAAAAGACCUAGAAUAGAGUCCUUAGCUACAACUAGGUUUACUUAGGUGAUUGAAACUCCACCUUUAUUAGACUAUCAACUGUGUUUACAAAAUUGUAGUAGAUCCAAAGUUUGUAUCACCGUGUUAGGCACACUUACCCUGCUUAGUCUAGCUAGUUAGGUUCCAAGGUACUAAUGAUUUCUCUGUGUGCAGAUUUAAAUGAAAUCUUCACUCAUUUUUGCAUGGUAGCAAAUCUGCAUUUUUUUUAUAUCUGAUUUAUAAGAUUACCAAGAGAUUCUUUUAUGUUAAAAGAGAUGACUCUUUUUCAGUGUACUGUAUAUCAUCAGCUUGUAACUGGUCUCUUUCUCAGGAUCUUUCCCAGUCAAAUAUUUGGGUUAAAUUUAUCAUACUAUCUCUGUGAACCAGCAGUGAGAAAACAAAAAGAGAGACACUCUGCUGUAUAAUGUAUUUUUAAAUAAAAUAAU